AUGGGGUAUACUUUAAAUCAACCAACAUUUCAUUAUUAUCGGUCGGAAAUUGACAUGGCGAAUGUUGAUGCUUUAAAGUGGGUAGACAAUAUUCCAGUCGAAAAAUGGACGAGGGCAUUUGAUAGGGGUCGACGUUGGGGUCACAUGACUACCAACCUUGUUGAGUCAAUGAAUUAUGUCUUUAAAGGCACUCAUAAUUUUCCCAUUACAACAUUGAUAAGUGCAACAUACUAUAGACUGAGAUUAUUAUUUGCUGAAAGGGGUGCAAUGUUGAAUUCUGGCCAAACAUUUACAGAAAACUGCGUCAAGGUGAUGAAUGAAGAAACAACAAAGUCUAACACACAUCAAGUCAGAAUUUUUGACUACACUAACAAUAUUUUCAGUGUGAAGGAGACAAUGGACCACAGUGAGGGGAAGCCUAUGGGACAUUAUAAGGUCAACCUACUAAACGGUUGGUGUGACUGCAGAAAGUUUUAG